GCUUCCACUGUCGAGAAGUCCCUUCGGUGCACGCCUCCCUCCCUCUCCCCGCUCGCCUCUCGGGAACUAAUUCCGUGGACUUAUUAACUUGUGCACGAACUUUGUUUAUACUUGUCCGGAGUGGAUCGUUAACUUGGGAGACAAAAGUGACCGCCGCCAGCGCCUCCCGCAACGCCCGCAGCCGCAGACACCGCACGCCCCUCGCCUGAGCAGCAGCCGUUCCCCUGAGCCCAGCCGCAGCCAUGAAUUCCGAAGAGUUCCGGAAGCGAGGCAAAGAGAUGGUGGAUUACAUCGCCAACUACAUGGACACCAUCGAGAACCGGCGAGUGACGCCCGCGAUCGAGCCCGGGUACCUGAAGGACAUGGUCCCCCUCGAGGCUCCUCAGAAGGGCGAGGACUGGGACGACAUCAUGAAGGACGUCGAGGAUAAGAUCAUGCCCGGGGUGACCCACUGGCAGCACCCGCGGUUCCAUGCCUACUUCCCCUCAGGUAACUCCUACCCAAGCAUCCUGGGCGACAUGCUCAGCGACGGCAUCGGCUGCAUCGGGUUCUCGUGGGCGGCGUCUCCAGCCUGCACGGAGUUGGAGACGAUUGUACUCGACUGGAUUGGGAAAAUGGUGGGACUGCCGGAAGAUUUCCUCUCCUUUACCGAGAACAGCAAAGGCGGAGGAGUCAUACAGGGAUCGGCGUCCGAGUGUGUCCUGGUGUCCCUCCUGGCCGCCCGCGCCCACAAGAUCCGCCAGCUGAAGAAGCAGCACCCGUUCGUGGAGGAGGGCGUGCUGCUGUCCAAGAUGAUGGCCUACUGCAGCAAGGAGGCCCACUCGUGCGUCGAGAAGGCGGCCAUGAUGGCCUUCGUCAAGAUGAGGAUCUUGGAGCCCGACGAGAACCAGAGCCUCCGGGGAUCCACGCUGCAGCAGGUGAUGGAGGAGGACCGCGCCAUGGGCCUCAUCCCCUUCUACGUGGAGGCGACCCUCGGCACCACCUCCUGCUGCUCCUUCGACAACCUCGCGGAGAUCGGCCCCGUGUGCGAGGAAUACGGGGCGUGGUUACACGUCGACGGUGCCUAUGCAGGCAACUCAUUCAUCUGCCCGGAGUUGCGAGGUCCCAUGAAAGGCAUUGAGUAUGCUUCGUCGUUCAACUUCAACCCAAAUAAGUUCAUGCUGACGAACUUCGACUGUUCUCUCAUGUGGGUGAAGGACCGCUUCCGACUGACGCAGGCCCUGGUGGUGGAUCCUCUGUAUCUGCAACACUCGUAUUCUGAGAAGUCUAUCGACUACAGGCACUGGGGCAUCCCGCUCAGUCGCCGGUUCCGCGCCCUGAAGCUGUGGUUCGUGAUCCGCUCCUUCGGCGUGGAGGGCCUGCAGAAGUACAUCCGCGAGCACUGCCGUCUCGCCAAGAGGUUCGAGGCCCACGUCAGGAAGGACUCCAGCUUCGAGGUUGCCAGCCCCGUCGGCCUCGGCUUGGUCUGCUUCAGACUGAAAGGAACGAACCUGAUCAACCAGAAGCUGCUGUCCUCCAUCAACGCCUCCGGGAAACUACACAUGGUCCCUGCUUCCCUCAACGACAGAUACGUCAUCCGAUUCUGUGUCUGCGCCCAGAACGCCACCGACGCUGAUAUCGACUAUGCAUGGGAGGUUAUUACACAGUUUGCUGCUGAUAUGAAAGUCAUUAUGGCAGAGGAAUUGGAAAACAAGGAGAAAAGGCACAGAAGAGGUGUUCCAGAUGCUCGACCGCAAGAACAAGAAGAGCCUCCGGUACAAGCGCUCCUUCUUCGUCCGCAUGGUGUCCGACCCCAAGAUCUACAACCCGAAGAUCGUCAGAAGUCUUCCUCCCAACGGCCCGAGGCGACAUACCACGGACUCCGAACCCGACAACCAGACUUUCAAUACUCCUGCUCCUACCAUUGACGAGAAAGCCGUGACGCAGAUGCUGGAAGAUGUCAACCUCGACGAAGUUUUUGCAGACAAGGAAACGAGGAUGAAGUUCCUCACCAAGGCCGUAAGCGACCUCUCGGAGAGACUCGCGAUCAAUCACAAGCUUCAGUGCCAGAACGAAGGCCAGCAGAGGCAGUGA